GCCCAAUCCAUGAAAAAGAUCAAUACGUCAUGACGAGGAAGCGGCUGAUCACCCCAUCACGCACAAUGUCUUGCGCUGAGAGCACCGCAGCACUCUGCAUCCUCCAUGGCAACAGCGAUAAAGCAGUACUGCCCCGUCCGCCGCCCAAUGUGCCGUCUACAAUUCAGCAGCGCUCCGAUGGCUAUGUCCUCUUGUCUUUCCAGGAGGAAGUCAGCCUUGCUCGGAACUUGGCCUUCUUGGCAUAUACUCGAGACGAUCCGAAAUGUAUCCCCGCUGUUUGCAUUGAGCAGGAUCAUCGCCAACGCACGCUUAAUGUGCGUGUAGCCACCAAUACCGGGACCAUCUUGCUCGAGGCAGCAGUCGAAGGGCUGCAGGGAUAUUUGACAUCAUGGCUCUGCGUGGUGGGCGAGAAUCGACGUCCACAACGAUGAACAACAUCUUUCUCGCGAUUGUCACGAUGUGCUCCCCCCGGAUCCUGACGCGUUUGGGACUGCAGCCGCGAAAACAAUUCCCAGCCAAGCAGAAGCAGCCAUUCGUCCAGGCCCUGAAAAAUGCAUCGACGUUACUGAAUCAUUAUAAUCGCGCUCCAGCCACCAAAUUUGGGUAUCACUGCAGAGAGGUGAGCAAGUGCAUUACGCAGUGGGAGAAGUUCCAGUCUCCGAGCACCCUCGCUCCCGUCAUUGUCGCCAUUCACAAGCUCCACAUGGAGGUCGAUGUAGAGAACACCCUGAACGGCGUGACGCAUCAGGUACUCCAGAAAGAGGCCAAAGCAAGCAUAGUCAACAAGAUACGCAAGCUGUCACGGUACUAUGAAAUAGCGCGAUACCUAUGUCGCAGGUGUAUCAAGGAUGUGGCAUUUCGGCACCUCACAGCUAUUCGAGUCGUCUUACCCGAGCAAACUAUCGCAUACGAACCCCUGACCCCUGGCAAGUUCGAAGCCGAAAUAGGGUUCACUGAAGUCCUCCGCCAGGCCGGCCUUCCAAAUGGUGAUGAGCAGAAAAUAAUCAAGACACUAUACAGUCUUCUCAAAAUCACUCCUGAACAAGCCAGCCAGAGUUUCCAUAAACGGGUAUCCAAGACACUGAGGGCAGCCAAGGUCCACGCGGAGGUCAAACUGCUGUACUACUACGAAAUCAACCGCGACACGAUCCCAUUGUUGCCACGGGCAGUCUGCUCAAGCAAAGAUGCGUGCUGGAUGUGCAAUGCGCUGAUCGACGCCCACGGAGAGAUGUUCACGCCGCGCUGUCACGGUGUCUUAUAUCCCGGCUGGAAACAGCCUCGUCUACCCGACUCAUCAAAGUGGGCCGAAGUUAGGGCGACAUUAACGUCCCGGUUGCAGCAAGCAGUUGCAGAAAGUGCUCAGCAUAUACUGCGUUCUGGGCAGAAACCCGGCUAUGCCCAUCCUGUGGAGAGCACGCUUUCAAUACUGAGGUGGUCGCUGUCAACUAUGCAUCUGCCGUUAAGCGGGCCGGUCGAAGAUGAUUUGCCUGAAGCCCCCACGCACAGUGGUGGAACAUCGCUCGAAGAUACUUCCGAAAAGCCCAACUCGAUCGUAACUGCGAUCGGAUUGUGCGCAGAGCAAGCCGAUGGGCUGUCAUCGAUUGAGCCUGAAAAUAAUAUCUCGCUUCAGCUAUACCAACCGUACCGGUAUCAACCGAGCACAGGCGACGGCAACGGUCUGUGGCUCGACGCAGGCGGCCUGACAAUCUUGCUAGAACCUCCCGAUGAUGCCAAUUUACGGAGUAAUGUUCCUCGUGAAAAACAAAGCAUCAACCUACGCAAAGUGCCGAGAUUGAGUUACACGACAACAUAUACUUGCGUCAACGAGAGAGGUCGUGUUGAUGAUGUCACAAUGCCAUCCAGUGGGCCGGCGCUCAUGACCUUGGAUCGGAGAAUGGCGAAGGGCGUCGACCUCGAUAUGGAGGAAGACGAGUGUGGAAUCAUUCGACUGGGACUCAGCAGUGGAGAAGCCGUACAGAUCCAAAGGCAUCAGUAGAGAGAACAGAGUGAAUGUUCUCUUCGCGGUACUAGGAAAUGUAUCAUCCUAAGUGGUGAGGCAUUCGUCAACUUCAACGCCUUGUGUCCGAGUGUAGGCUGUCCGGAUCGAGCGCAGCUG